AUGGUUCAAAUCGUGGAGCACCACGACGACGACGGUGACGCUGCGACUCGCCCCGUGGAGUCGUGUUCGCCCCCAGAGUCGGUCGCGGCGGAGGAGCACAAGGCUCGCGGCAACGCUUGCUUCGCGAGGGGAGAGUGGGAGGAUGCGGCGAGACACUACACGCUCGCCCUCGAGGCUGCACCCGCCAGUACGCCCGAGGAACGCAAACUCGAUGAAGACACGAUCGUUGAGCGUGUCAGGCGAAGGGACCGUGCGGUGUACCUCUCCAACCGCGCGGCUUGCAGGGUCAAGCUUGGGUCGCACAGGCAGGCUGAGGAGGAUUGCACAGCCGCGAUCGCGGAGGACGACACGUUCGUGAAGGCUUACCUGAGGCGGAGCGCGGCGCGUGAGAGGCUGGAUGACCUGGAAGGCGCCCUCGCGGAUGCCGAGCGCGCGGCUGAGCUAGAGCCUGGAUCGCACACACAGGCUUCAACCUCUGCGGAGAGGCUGCGGCCGCUGGUUGAGGCAAAGAGGGAGGAGAUGAGAGCAGAGAUGAUGGCGAAGCUGAAGAGCUUAGGGAACUCCAUCCUGGGCAACUUCGGGCUCUCCACGGACAACUUCAAGGCGGAGAAGGACGACGCCACCGGAAGUUACAACAUCCAGUUCGUGCAGAACCCCUCGACCAAAUAG